CCAAGAAAACCGACGACUGAUCGGAGCAGUGGUUGUUGGAUGGAGAAACCAGCAAAAUCAAUGAGCCGGCUCCUAUCCUUUCUACCAAAAGCCACCGCGGUUACCUUUCAAAACCCACCUCUCAGCCCAGGCCGUGACAAGAGAUCAGACAACUCAAGCAAAUUCAAGCUCAAUAACGGCAAAGCUUUUUCGGGUCCUAUCAUUUCUAUAAUUCCUGUGGAAGCUCGAACCAAGUCGAACAGUGGCCGCUUCGACGCACAGGAACCCACAUCGCCCAAGGUGUCAUGCAUCGGCCAAAUUAAGCUCAAGAAGAAGAAGAAGAAGAUACCCAGAUCCAAAUCGAAGCGUGUGGCACCGCCUCCUCCCCAAGGCUCUAGUUCUACGUCGUCAUCUCCGCCGGAGGUGAAAAAGAAGCCGUCUUCCGCAAUUCGUAAUAUAUUUCGUGGUGUUAGAACUGGUAAGAAAGCCAUUGUUUCUGUUAUGAAGCCACCAGUUGCGGAUAAAACACCUUCUCUGAGUCAGAUGAAGCGGUUUUCAAGUGGUCGCAAUGCAUUUGCCAAUUUUGACUGGAGGGAUCAUGUGUUGUCGAACCACCCCGACAAACAGAAGGAUGAGAGUGAUGAAGAAGAUGAAAUCAUUAUCUCUCACUCGGCACCAAUAUUGGUAGGUGGUGGAGAUGUGGCUUUGGAGCCAAAGAAAGAAAUUAAUCUAUGGAAGAGAAGAACCGUCGCUCCCCCUACACCUCUUCAACUGAAUAGCAUGGGAAAACCAACUUGAUGGAGGAUCCGGUCUUCCCCCCUCCCUUUUUUUCAUUCUUUUAACAUCUGUUUUUCGAUCCUUUGACAGUUGAAAGGUUCUGAACAAAUUUGGAUUUGGUGAGAAGUAAUACGAUUGUAGUAACUAGCGAAACAAAAAAAAAAAAAAAAAAAAGAUUGUAGUCACCUAACAUUACUACUUCAUUCCA